AAUACUUAAAUAUGUAUAAAUUUAUAGUAUAUUUUUCUCUUAUGACAGUAAUGUGGACAUUGAGAAUUCACCAUGGUGGCAAUUUUUGCAUGAGUAGUAAUGACCAUCUCAGAUAUGUUGGAGGACCAAGUGUUGUAAAUAAGGAGGUAGUAGAUAAAGGUGCAGGGGUGAAGGGUCCACAAGGAGGCAAUGAGAUUAAUGUAGAUGAGGACAUUGGGGAUGGCUGUGUCACACAGAUUUCACAAUCGACCCUAAAGGAAUAUAAUGUAUCUCAUGAAACAAAUGCAGUCAAGGAACAAGUUCUAAAGGAGACUGAACAUGAUGAUGAUGAAUUCUUUGAUACCAUACAGAGUAGGGAAAUGUUAAUGAUGAAGAGGAGGUUCAUGAUGAUGAGGAGGUUCAUGAUGAUGAGGAGGUUCAUAAUGAUGAGGAUGAGGUUCAUGAUGAUUUUAUGGAUGUUCAUGAUGAGGAGGAGGAGGUUCAUGACGAUGAGGAGGAUAUUCAUGAUGAUAAGAAGGUUUGAUGAUGAUGAUGAAUUCCUUAAUGCUUUACACUAUGAUGCAGAUGAUGAGGAGGUGGUUGAAGCCAUUAGAAAAGUAAAGGAGAUUGGAGGAAAUCAAAAGAAGAGUAGAGCUAGUAUAAUUAACAAUGUAGAUGGUGAUGGUGUUGGACCAAGCAACACAAUCCAUGAGCCCCAAAACAGAGAUAGUGAAGAGGAUGAAAGGGUUCCUGAUGAAAAUGAUAGUGACAAAAAUAAUAGUUCUGAUUCUACAUCCCUAAAUAGUGAAGUUGGAUGUGAGAUUUGUAGUGAUGAUUUGUGUGAAUAUAGUGAUGAGGAAGAUGAAGAUGAAGAGGAAGAUGAAUUCACUGUCUGUGUAGAUGCAAGAACCAGAAAAAGUGUUGAUGUAUGGUUUAACCCUUUAUGGACUGAUGUUUGGUUUAAGGUAGGGAUGAAGUUUGAGCAUGCAUCACAGUUUAAGGAGGCUCUAGCUAAGUACCAAAUCCAGAAUGGUUGCAAGUUGACAGUGAAAAGUGACCCUAACCGGCAUAGAAAUAAGUGUGGUGAUCCACAAUGUAAUUGGAAAAUCUUAGCUAGUUAUGAUAAAAAUGACAAGUGCUUCAAGGUAAGGACAUAUUACACAGAACACACAUGCUUUAAGAGUUUGAAAUCUGACAUGGUUGGGUCAAAGGUUCUUGCAAAACACCACAAGAACAAAAUUGUUACAAAUCCACACAUCCAAAUCAGUGAGUUGGUCAGGCUUACACCUUUAGAAUUGGGGGUUACUAUUUCAAGGGAUAAGUGUAGAUUGGCAAAGGCUAAGAUUUUGAAGAAGAUAAAGGAAACUUCCAUAAAAGAAUUUGCACAAAUGAAAGGGUAUGUCAAAAAACUACUGAGGUUGUCACCUAAAUCAAAUGUGCAAAUUGAUAUUAAGCCAGACACUACUCUAGAAGGAAAGCCACAAUUUAAAGGAAUUCAUUUCUGCUUAGAAGGAUUUAGAAAGGGUUUUCUAUUAGGUUGUAGGCUAGUGAUUAGAGUAGAUGCUUGUUUUUUAAAGGCAAUGUGUAAAGGAACCCUUUUGGCAACUAUUACAAGGAAUGGGAACAAUCAAAUGUUCCCCAUUGCAUAGGUUGUUGUUGAUUCUAAGUGUACCAGUUCAUGGACAUUCUUCUUCAAAUGCCUAGCAAAUGAUCUAUCAAAUCACACUGGGAUAGACUUAACAUUUAUUUCAAACAACAUCCUAUAAGUGUAACAUUUUAUGUUCCUUAACUUUGUAAUAGUUUAUAUUUAUGUUACUUUAAUCAUAAAUGUCAUGCCAUUUA